ACCAUUUAUCAGUCUCAGUGCGACGCCCGAACUGUAUCAGUGCGCACGAUUCACUGUAUCGACUAUAAAGUUUAAAGUGUUAUUCUACUCAACUUCAUUGUUUUGUUUAUUCCUGAUGGCUAAAUUCGCGAGCAGUGUUUUCUUGUCCCCAAACUAAUAUACGUUUGAGUGUUAUUUUGAAAGACUUUCAAAGCUAAACCCAGCUUCUACGUGCGAAGCUUUUUGUUUUCUAAAAUUUAUCAGGGCAGCAGCAUACAUGCAUUACUACCCGAGCGACCUGUUGCAAAAAAUGACCAUUACCCUGAUGUACCGUGUGAAUCCCAUCUACUACUCCGACUAUUCGGAUACGAUUUGAGCUUGUAUCUUAAGCUAGUUCAAACGAAACGCGCGUUUUGCCAUUGGCUCUACCAUUUCGAAUACUACAAGUUUGGCGUGUACCCGAAAGAUAUUACCUGACGCUUGUAGAACUCCGAAAGGAUUUCAUUGUGCAGAAUGGAUAUUGUGGCCAACUACCACCCGGUGUUCAAGGCGUUCCUGGCGGGCUCGUUCUCCGGAACGUUCAGCACCAUCCUCUUCCAGCCGCUGGACCUCGUCAAGACUCGCCUACAGAACCCUGGGCAGCAUGUCGUCGCGGCCACUGUCAACGGGCGAAUCCAACCGGGAAUGAUAACAAUCUUCGCGAGCAUAGUUCGUCAAGAGCACAUCGUCGGAUUAUGGCGCGGGAUGGUGCCUUCCAUCGCGCGCUGCGUCCCCGGGGUCGGGCUGUACUUCUCAUCGCUGCACUGGCUGAAAGCCAAGCUGGGGAAGACUCGUAACCAGGACCUGAGUCCCUUGGAAGCCAUUACGCUGGGCGUCGUAGCUCGGACCAUGAGCGGGGUCGCGCUUAUCCCCAUCACUGUUAUCAAGACUAGGUACGAGUCAGGAGUGUACAAGUACAACAGUUUGGGCGGAGCGCUAAAGGCGAUCUACCGCGCGGAGGGGCUGCGAGGCCUCUCUUGUGGCCUCGGCCCAACACUAGCUAGAGACGCGCCCUUCUCAGGACUCUAUCUCAUGUUCUACACUCAGACGAAGCAGGCUGUGCCUAAAGAAUGGCUGCAGAGCCCGACCGCGUCGAGCAUCGUCCAUUUCUCUUGCGGAGUCGUAGCUGGGAUCGCUGCUUCCUUAGCCACCAAUCCUGCUGACGUGCUGAAGACCAAAAUGCAGCUGUAUCCAGACAAGUUCCCUAACACUUUCAGCGCUGCCGUCUACAUACACCAGACUUAUGGCGUCCGUGGAUACUUCAAAGGCGCCGUGCCAAGGAUGUUGCGACGUACUCUGAUGGCCGCUAUGGCUUGGACGGUGUUUGAAGAGAUAACUCGAUCUAUUGGCUUGAAAUGACCUUAUAGGCACAGGCCUUGACAGGCAACAUAACCUUGAUAGGCCUACAAACGCCUGGACAGGACCAACUUUGAAAUUACUUGAAAUUAUCCUAUCGUGAUACAAGUGGUGCGAUGUUCCUUAACGUAACGUGUUUAGGAUUACUUUGUGUAUAUUUUGAAUAUACUUCUCAUCAAAAAAUCGAAACGCUUUGAAUUUUGUUCAACAAAACACUACGUAAAUUCUAAAUUUGAAUUUGGAAAAUUGGGAUUAAAAAAAUAAUAUACUCACUGGCUGUACAGUGUCAUUUUUUUUACUCCUAAUAUUUAGUCGUGUUUUAUAUUUUUCUGAUAACAGAAACUUGCGAGGCGUUUCGAUAUUUUCGAUGAGAAGUGUUUGUAUUCCCUUCAAUGGGAGACUUCACAGUUUAUUUUGUAUACCUGUUUUAUCAUAGCCUUUGAUUACUAUUUUACUUUUGUCGUUAGAAGUUAUUUUAGUAGUUUUUUAGACUUUGUUUCCAUUUAUCAGUAGCCAAUAGAUCGGGUCGGUAGAAACGAUCAUGUGUAACAUGUUAUUCUUAGGUUAAAAAUGUGAUAAUGUUGAAAAUAAAAUGUUUAAAAAACCAAAA